AUGGCGCCAGUGGUGGAAUCCAGCUAUCUGCCAUCACUCGACAAAUGUGUCGCCGGUGAUGUCCGUCUCAUAUCAUGGCGUACAGCAUACCGAGCACUAGCCGACGAGGAAGCUGCGCUUGAGAACAACCACCUCGAAGACUUCUUCCAAGACACAGACACAACAGCAAUCCUGAGCAGGCCACUCGAACCGUUUCCAGCACCUUCAGGAGAUAGCGCAAAGCGGGUCGAGUCCCUCACAGCGCCGAUCAAUGUAUCUCAGGGCAGUGGCGACGACUACAACCUGCACGAAAUCACGGCAGAUGCAAAAUGGCUGUCAAAAGAGGUGCAGAUCGAGGAGCCGGCCGCAUUGCGUAUGGCCAUUAUCGAGUGGCAGGAGAGGCCUCAGGAUCAGCUGCUGAAUACCGCGAGGAACGGGUCAAAUGCAAUAUCAAAGGCAGCGGAUCUAGCAAGCUCAGCCCUGGCGAGAAGUACCUGUCGCUUCUCUGCCUCGACCACGGCACUUGCGCGACCCGCAUUGGACUUUACGGAACAAGAUACGCGCCGCAAGCGCCUACUACAGGUCUAUCUCAGUGAGAGGAACCAUGUCGUGCGGCUUGCUGCUGAUUUGGUUGGACGCAGCGCUGUUGGUAGGAACGGUUCACCAGCAUCAAGCGACCGAAACAACUGGCUCGACCGUGUCGCCGGACAAAUCACUGGAACUUUAUGGCCAACUACCGACAGUAAUGGUACUGAGCGAUACUGCAUGCAGUGCAUCGAAAGCAUCAAGCUGGCCCUGAAGCAGACGGUCGACUCAAAGUCUUGGCCCAAGGUGUACUCAGAGGAUCCAGAGAAGGGACAGAGCUACCUGGACUCGCGGUAUUUGCAGCUCGUCAAUACACUGCGAUUGCUGCUGUUCAGCUUGAAUGCACCUCAUCAAGGCAUUCCAGCAGCAUCGACAGUCCAAGCUUGGUUCGAGGCGAUGCAAGACUGUGCUUUUCUGCAAGAAGAGAGACCGUUCUUCGAGACGAUCGAUACGGCACGCUUGCUGAUAUCCGUAAUUUCUGUCGAGAUCCUCAAGCUGCAACUCGUUGUUGGGGAGAUCAUGGCUGGAGCUGGAAUGGAGGCCCCUGCCUUACGAGGCAAGUCGUACAUCAAGGACGAAGCACAUGUGAAAGUCCUUGGUCGUAUCUUGCAUGCCGCUGCACAAAACGGUCUCGUUGUUGCUGCGCCAGCAAUAUAUGCUUGGAGUAUCAUUGCAUCUGUGAUUAAAGAUAUCGCAGAUGUUCACGUGGAGAUGAGACUGGCCCAGGACGAGUUGCAAGGUACUGCUUCCCGCAGAGGGUCUCUCGACAACGGCGUUCGUACAGAGUUCGAGUUGUUCUACAACAACUGCAUCCGGAUAGACGAGUUCGAGACUCAGACUCGACCGACUCCUGCUCGGUUCGCCGAAGCCGCUGUGGAUCAUAUGAACGUGUUUGCGAUCAUUGCACAGUCUGCCAGUCUUGCCGGCGAAGCGUAUAGCUCGCAAGCCGAGUCCGUCACAGCAUUUGCUUGCAAGGAAACGCUUCUGGAUCUCAUCAGAGAUGGUCUACCGAUCGUGCAAUAUGAUGGAAUGGUGCUCGAGGCCAUCCUUGCGAUACUCAUGCCGGCCGAAGAUACCCUAUUCUCUAAGCAGCAGACAAUUGUCUUGGCGGGGAAAGUCUUGUAUGAUGCUGAUCAGUUCAGGCCUGCAAUUGUGACUCAAGCUUUGCUGCGAUAUCCAUACGAACUGACGCCUAUGCUGCGACUGUUCCAAGUCCUUGCAAAUGCACGCACUUCGCUUGACUCGACUGGACUACCAAAGGCUGCUCAGCUACUCGAGAGUCUUUCCAGCUUUACUCAGAUCACAUCGUCGCGCUUCAACGAGUACCAGCUCGAGGAUGAGACGAGGAACACGAACGAUAUGAUACUGACCGCCGAUAUACCGAUUUUCGAGUCACGCAACGAACUCUCCCUCGCAGUCCCCGAUGCUCGACGGCUACUUGGCAAGCGCAGUGUUGAAGAGGGCGAGCAGAAUCCUUUGAUCAUCGCCGCAGGCACCUCUGGCGUGAUCCUCACAGACAACCGCCCAUUCGUCUUGAGGCUCGAUCAUGCGCACUCAGCUCUCGAGUACCUGGGCCUACUGCUAUAUACUUUCGCCGGCAGUAGCCAAUUGACGCCAGCAAGCACGCAUGCGCAGCUCGAUCGAUUCUCAGCCACCGAAGUGAUACUGCUGUUUGACGCUCUACUCUCGGCAACGAUGCAUGAUGAUGCACACAACGAUGACGCGCUUUUCAUCCUUGGCCGCCUGAGCUUCACCCUGCCGGCGCAGUCAGACAUAGUGUCUGUGGUCGCGGAGAUCUUCGAGACUGAGCUGUUGGCUCAUCUCAAUCAGGAGGCGCAAGAAGGCUCGGUCGGGCUUGCAACGGCUUGCGCAGAGUUUAUCAACGUCUUGCUCAAGAUCUCGCCGGAGCGAGUGUGGUCGAUUUUAGCACGUAGUAGCUUGCUUGGUGUAACGGACGGUGCAAUCUCUUUGGUGCAAGUGGUACUUUCCGAGACACAAUCGCAACGAUACGGCUUCCUCAAGACAUGCGUUCGGUUACAUUCACUUCUGCUCGACGACGCCAUUGCUGGAACGAUCAAGCGGAGGAGUCAGCCGGCUCGCCCAGCGAAUCGUUUCGCCUCUCAACAAGAUACGCAGGACUCCACGCCUGAGCGGACUAUGAGCGGGAUUCUCAACGCAUAUCAAAAGAUCCUAUUUGAGAUCCUACGAGAACAGCAACGUUGGCGAUUCGACGUACCGCACGAACGAUCGACAAUUGCUACAGGAAUCUUGGACUCGUUUUCCAAACUGCUCAAGAGCACACAAGGCGUCGAUCUCUCAAAAGAGCCCAGCAAACGCCUGACCGGCGUACUGGCACCUGCUGCACAGUCGCUAUUAAAUUGUUGUAUGUCCACGAGCGGAACCAGCGUCAUGGCAGAGGUCUUUACAAGUAUGCUGCCAGCAGCACUCUCUGUUGCUGAAGAUGCAUUUCCCACGCAACUCCGGGAAAACCUCAUCAGCCAAACGAGGUCACUGUUCCGCUUUUUGACGAUCCUCACUCGCAUAGUGAAGACUGGACUGGCACCAUCGCAGAGCACGCAAAUGACACACGCACAGGCCAGGACAUUCUCACUUCAGCUCCUGCAGAACGUCCCACUAAUGGCAAUGCUGCUUGCCAGUGACCAUGGAUUCAAAAUUGAUAUGUUCCCCUUGCUCUCUGAGCUCGUGCAGGCUGCUACCCUAGGAGGUGGGGAUCCCCCAUCGAUACUCGCGCUGCUGGACGAAGAUGCUCAAAAGUGCCUGCUCACGAUUCUCACACAGCUCGACCGGCCCUUGUGCGACGUACAGGUUGAGCGGCAGGUGUGGGAUUUUCUCUCUGCGAUCAUGGACAGUAAGCAGCACUACUUCGCGGUCUACCUCUUGACAGGACAGCUACCAAAAAAGGGCCGACAGCAAGAUACAACGAGUCAACUGAAAGAAAGACCGAUACUUACAUACGCCCUGAACAAGUUGUCAACGAUCUCGGUCUUGGCACCAGAACGUGCUCUCGGAAUGUUGCGAUUCGUAGCCACCGCACAACGCUCUUGGGCACGGGCAACCCAGCAGUUGCGAGAUCAUUCAGAGUUUCUCAAGUAUACUCUUGCCUGGAUCGAGACUAUUGGAAUCGCAGUGCGAGACCCUUCCCCGGGAGCCGCGAUCAUAGCCGCGAAAGAAUGCCAGAUGGCUGCCUACCUGUGCGAAAUAUUCGCCAUCACUCUCCACGCCGAAUUCACGACGGGCGAUCGAAAACUUCUCCCCAGCUUGUUGCCCAAGCUGGCAACGUUGCGAGAUCACGGUGUAACAGUCAAUGCCUACAACAGAUCACUGCAUAGCAAUCUGGCGAAGAAUUUCACCAUCAAGUUUACCGCUGGUGAGCUCGUUGACUUCAGGCGGACGGCAAUAAACCCUGCUAUAUACGGACCCGACUAUUUCUACGACAGAGGACUAGCAGCUAGUGUCUUGCAACACGACCCAUCUUGGCAUGGUAAGAUACGUGGGCCAAAUCAGGGGUUCUCUGACGAGUUCUCUCGUGCAAAUGCCAACUUGAGCUUGUUGCAUGCACAAACGAAGUUACUGAGCAGCUGGCAGAGGUUAGCGACAACUCUUUGCGAAUGUGCGAGCCAGGAAUCAGACUUGCAGCUUGAGCUUGCCAAGAUUGCAGAACGCUGCUUGCAGGAGAAUGCUGGCCCUCAGCUCGAUCAGCCUGGAAUAGCUGAUGUCUUGGACAUCCGGAUCGAGCUCGCCUUCGUGCUGAUAUCGAAACUGGUAUCCCUGAAGGUCGAUUUCAGCGUCAUGCAAGAUCUUCUACCAGCAGCCUGGACGCUGGUAGGGACCUCGCCAGUGGACUAUGACAUUGCAAGCGCCUCAGACGAUGUCAGCUAUUACCGCGAGCUCCUGCACGUGCUGUAUCUGUCAAUACAACCACACAUCUACAGCAAGAGAGGGAGUGAGCCACGGUCUGGAAACGACAGCCAACUCAUGUUCUUGAAUCCGGCCGUCGCCUCAAACCUGAUCGAUAUUGUCGGCAAGGUCAUUGCUCCUGGAUUCCGUGCUCUCUGCGCGAACUUGCAUAAUGACCUGGAGCUGGCGUUGCCGGCCGACUUUGCCCUUCUGACGGCGUUACUGAAGGCUAUCUUGGCAGUGCCAGAGGUCAACUCUGUGCACACGCUGCUGGCAGACAUUGUGGCUGGCUCGUCACUCAUACGUGGCGCCGUCAGCCUGUACUCCUGGUCAGACCGCCUGGCGGAAGCGACGGCGCAGGAUCCGGUCUAUGGCGAGGUAGCCAUCACCUUCCUACUCGCGCUUUCUACCGUUCGACCGAUCGCGGAGCAGAUGGCGCUGGAAGGUGUGCUGAGCCAACUUGCAUCAGCCAAUCUUUCGAAUUACUUCAGGAAGCCUGGGGGCAAAGGUCCAUUCGAUGAACCCAGCCGCAUGUUCGUCAUCUGGGCUCAAGGACUCCUGCCACUUUGCUUGAAUCUUCUCGAUGCUGUAGGCGCGCCACUGGCGGCAGAAAUCGCAGCAUUCCUGAACACAUUCCCAGAGCAGCUCAGGAGGGCUGAAACAGCACUGCAGAACACAGCUCCCAGUCCCCGUGAGCCAAAGGCCGGCACUGUCACGCUCAGUCUGGUCUCCGAAGCGCACAGCUUGACAAUGCUGGCGCUCAUCCUGAAGUCGGACAUAGCGCUCGGCGCAGCAGAAGGCGUGAACGCAGCUGACAUUCCAAGUCUAGCCUACAACUUGGAGGUCGUGAAAGACCACGCGGCAUCUCUCAUAAGAAGCAGACGGAGUCUUGCCGACCGGCUAAAACCUACUAACGCCAUGGAAGAGAGAUGGCUGAAGGCGACGACGCCCUCGGACACGGACAACGUGCUGUUGGACAAAGUCGUGAAGGAGAUAAACAGUAUGCUCGCGAGCUUUGGAGAUUCUGAUGCGUAG